CGGUUAUCGCGCCGGUGUUCUGCCAGCGGCCAGCCGGUGUUCAGAGCACCGGUCGAACUAUACCAAUGAGGUAUCCCUUACAUUUUUUCCCCCAUUGAGUUGGCAUCCCUGUAUGUGAGUCAGGGCAGAACGACAUUAGAAUUCCCAUGAAGAGAUCGUUUGGAGAUUCUCACACCACCCACCAACGCUUACACUCAUCACAGCGCCCCGCUCUUAACUUCAAGACGUCAGGACGCUGUUGCAGUCCGGGCAAUUCCCUUCGCCGGAGCGAGUAUGGUAAUCCUCGUUUUAAAGACACUGUCAAAAAUUUGAUCGGACUGGAAAGAACGCCCAGAGAAACAUCAACAACCAGUCACGCAGCAACAGGAGGCACUAACAGCCAAUCACAGCAGUCGACGGAAGAUGAGUCUUCGAUUAGUUUGUUACGUAGUCGGCGCCCAAGCACCUCAAUCCGGCCUCAACAGACUGUCGUUGCCUCAGAGUUUCUUUCUCCACAGAAGAGCAAAGACAGCAACAAUAGUGUUUGUUCACCUGUUAGACGUGUGUCUGUAGUGGCGUAUGACUCCCUGAGUGAGCUGAGAGUGCACCUGCAUAAUGACAGUUUGAGUACGUCAUCACUGGGAUAUAUUAUGCAGGAGUCUUCUUCAGCUACAAAUAAAGCGUCUUCCUCACUGGAGACGAUACGUCAUGCUAAUCAAAUCCCCAAGAGCAAUUCCAACAGGACCAAGUCCAAUGAGGAGCCAGAGGAAGAAAAAAGAAGGACUUGGAUGGCCUUCAGACUGAAGAAGAAAACAAGCAGAGUGAUUGUCCGUCGUGCCCAUAGCAGGGAGAAGACGACGUUGUCAGAACCCAUUGUUUUGUCCAGUGAGGACGACGAACUGGGUGAAUGUGAUGAGAGCAGACAGUCAGACCAAACUUUACCUGUGGAUCAGACACCUUAUAAAACACCAGGAGUAGACCCACAGCAGCAAUCCUUCCUGGAACUGGAGUUUUUAACGUUUCACACUGGCUUGAUGCAUACGGAUGCCAACGGGAAGAUGAUGAUUACAUCAAGUGGAAUUGUUUUCCGUUUUAAAGGAGAUGAAGGUGGCGAGGUCACUGUGGUUGCAUCACAAUUGCGUGGAUACGGUUUAUGUGAUGGCGGACUAGCUCUGGGUGGGACUCUGCUCGAUAAUAUUACUGGGCCAGCGCCAUCAUUGCUCUUCCUGUGGGUCACGGAUGCUCAGGCCAACUUGCUGCACAAAGAGAUGGCCUUCAUCCAGACAAGCAGUGCCUCAGGGGCUACAGGACCACCGUGUCCCAUACUUCUACUGGUGAUGACAGAGCAGCUGUCUGAGUGCAAGGUUGCACUGCUCACAUCUAUGUUGGAAUUGAAAGAGUUCAGACAAGCCUGCUCCCCCUCAGCAAAUGGACUGACCUCCCCACUUAGCUGGAGUGAUGUGCUACUAAUCAUCCAUAACUGCUGCACACCACUGGAUGAACACCUCCUUUAUCUGUUGGGACAGUCGCCAGAGAUGUCCAGUCCGCUUGAACAAAGAUCCAGGAAUCGGGAAGGUGUUCUGCAGCUGUCUACCAGGUUGAUGCAGUAUCCGGCACCUCCCUCCAAAGGCCGGAUCACGGUGACAAAAGAGGACUUGGCCUGUCUGGAAAGUGGCAAAUACCUUAAUGAUGUCAUCAUCGACUUUUACCUCAAGUACCUCCUUCUGGAGGGUGGUGGCCGCGACGUGGCUGAGCGAAGUCACAUUUUCAGUAGUUUCUUCUUCAAACAUCUCAGCACACAUCAAAUCUCCAGCAAUGACACUUCUGUAGUCCCAGAUCAGUACAUAAGGCACCAGAGGGUGAAGACAUGGACUCGCCAUGUUGACAUUUUCUCUAAAGACUUCCUGUUUGUGCCCAUAAAUAAGGAAGCUCACUGGUUCCUGGCGGUGAUAUGUUUCCCUGGUCAGGAAGGUGCUCGGUAUGAGAAGCGUACAAAAGGAGUCGAGAUCUUCAGUAGAAGAGCAGAGCAGCCACCGACAUGUACUGAGCAAGGCUGCAUGAGGGAGUUCACAUUGACGCGACCGUGCAUUCUGGUCAUGGACUCUCUGCAAGUGCAGCAGCAUGAAAAUAUUUCCAAGCUUCUGCGAGAUUACUUGCAGGUGGAGUGGGAAGAACGAAGGGGUCAACAUCGUGUCUUUAACUCCAAGAGUAUGUGUAGUUUCAGCUGCCGUGUUGCACAGCAGGACAACAGCAGCGACUGUGGUUUAUACCUGCUGCAGUAUGUGGAGAGCUUCUUUCAGAACCCUGUGGUGCACUUUGACCUCCCUCUGCUUUUGGGCAACUGGUUUCCGCAACAGCAAGUGCGACAGAAACGUGAAGAAAUCCGCUGCUUGAUAAUGAGACUCCACAAGAAUCAGUCUCAGGCUGAAUGAUUUGAUUGUCUUUUUGUUAUCUCACAGUUUUGUUAAUUGUUCAUAAUAAAAGAUGCCUUAGUUGUUAUAUGAAGCCUUUCAUGAUUAUUGAUUAUUUUCUCUUUGGGAAAACUGCAGUGACUGAUCUUGGUAUGUCGGAUGAGGUCAAAGGUCAGGUACAAGAGCGCCGCAGACUCUCAUUCAGCUUACAGCUCGUUCAUUUAUCUCCACGUUAUUUCUUCUCUUUCAACAACAUCAUUUUCAACCAAACUUCUAAUUCAUCAUUGUGGUGUUGGACAACACCAGCAUGAAUACUAUACUGCUGUGUAAGCUUUCAAACCAAAUCUUAGCAUUUUUAUGUGAGUUUCAGCUUUGUGAGAUGUGGAGCCUUGUCCCACUUCUGCUGUUCAAAAUGAUUUCUGAUGUCAAUAUAAUCAGUUCAUAUCAUUUCUUACUCUGGCUUCCUUUGGUCUUGGUCCUAAGUGGAACCUGUGUGGUACUCAUGCCGCCGUAGCCUUGACUAAUCUUCCCAAUGGGAGGGGAAGAUUAACGGAUUUGUAUCCCAGACUCCAAAAAUAAUCUAUGUCCUUAAGAUACUGAUCCUGAUCGGCUGCGCCCAAUUGACUUUAAAGUAAAGCAAGCGUCGUGGGGGUGACGUCGAGUAUUUUCUGCCGUGAUCUUUAGACAAGCGUACCGCAGUACUCGAGUUUGUCUCCUAGUGUCUAUUAAGCUGAUUAUCCAAUAAAAGAUGUCCGCUUUUGUUGACGUAGUGGCGGUGGAGGUGUUAGGAAAGCUGCAAGUACAUUCAUGUUCUUUGAGUUCAACGUGACAUGACUUUGACUAGCACAAAGACUACACAUGAUAAGUGUUAUUAACAUUUGCAUUGUUAAAGUUGUUGAACACAAUACAAAGUGGCAUGCACAAAAUCAUACAUCAUUGGAAAUCACGUGCACAUCAGCACAGGGGCUGGCAUAUCUGCGUAAGAUUACUGAGGUUCUAGAUUUAGUACACAUUCUUAUGUAGUUUGUUUUACGGAGUUUGUUUGAAUUUUCUCCAGGUACCCCCUACAUCCCAGGAACAUGCAUUCUAUGUUUAUUAUAGUGUGGAGUGUAUAGUUGUUUUUCUAGGUGCCCUGUGGUUCUCAACCAGUCAUUUGGGAUGGACUACAACCCUAAUCAAACCCAAAAAGAGGACAAAAAUAGAUGUCCAAGUGGAUGCAUUUGUAUAAACGAUCAAUAGAAGACGGAAGGUUUUUGAUAUUUUUGCAUCAUCACCAAAAUGCUGUAAAUACUUUACAAACCUUUUCCAUCAUGAAUGUCAAUUGUGCAACUCAAUUGAUUUCAGAAAAUCUUUUAAGUGGGAAAAUUAAAAAUGCACAACUGAAAUAAUUGUAAUUGGGGAUGUUGUAAUAGGGGAUGUGGCUAUGUUGAGAAUUGACUGGUCACAUUCAAACUCAAAAGUCAGCAACUAAGAAGUCUCUCUGAUUAACUUAAUGAUUUGGUUUUUUUUUUAAAAUUGCUUCCUAGCAAAAUUCCAACACUAAUAAUUAGAAUUUAUUUUGGAAAUUCCCUGCACUUUGUCUAAGACUGCAGUUCUAGCUAAAGAAAUAUGGCUCCAAAAUCAGGAUGUAGCUGUCAUUAUCGCCUUGAGUGCCUUCCAUUGAUUAAUCAUGUUCUUUUUGUGGUGAGAGUGUCAUCGUCCGCUGAUUCGUCACCUGUGCCAGCUAUUGUCCACAGCCAAAGACUUCAAGUGAAUCUGAUCCCGAAGAAUUUUGAAUGCCAUAUGAGUUUGUUAGCUACUUUGUGUUUUUGAUAGCAUUUUUGUCCUCCAUGGUGGAGUGAUUUUUUUGUGUUCGAUCCUCCCUUGUUUGUUUUUACCAUGAGUGAGAGUUUGUGAAACUCUUUUUAAACCAAGAAAACUCUGCACCUGAGUCCUGCCUUGAGUCCAGUCCUGACAGUUUCAUGAAACCACAACACGUUUCUCCGCAUUUGUGUUGAGGAUUCAUUAGUGUCUGAUGAUGUCAGCUGAACUAUUAGUCCACUAGUGCUGAAAGUUUCAUCGGUUUUAUAUCAAAAUUGUGAAUUUAGACAUCAUAAUUUUUAAAUCUGCAGGGCCAUGAUUUAUUUACUGUAUUGUGCACUUGACUAAUCCAGCAUCUCUUGUGCUGACCAAUAAAUCUUCUAAUU